AUGAGUCAUCAGAAAAUCUUCCUGAUCACCGUGAGCACUGCCCUUUUGUGCUCCUAUGCCUUCGCUGCAAGCAGCUACUUGGGACUUGCCCACGGGACGCCACUUGGAGGAUUUUCGCAACACGGUUUCAUCCCCGGUGGUCUUUAUAACAACGGUGCAUCCCUUGUCAACCACGGACUACCACUGGGACAUUUUCCAGGGCCGGUAUAUGGGAAUGGGGGUUACUUGGACUACGCAUAUGGUGGACUUACCAACUCAUACGGCGCUCUACCAAAUGUUAGAGUCGGUGGAGGUAGCGAGGCUGAGGAUGAAAGAUCGUCUGGCUCUGGGUCCAACAAUCAAAAUGUGGAUUCCACUCGAACUGGAAUUCGUGAUUUACAUUCCAGUCCCAUUGCUGGCUUAGGUGGCUUCCCUUCCGCUCUUCUUCCUCACACUUCCAGUGUUGCUUUAGGAACAUACCCUUAUGCUCUUGAACCUCACACUUCCAUUGCUGGUUUCGGAGGAUUCCCUUAUGGUGCUGGACAUCACACCUCUGUUGCUGCUGUUAGUGGAAUCCUCCCUAAUGUUGCAUCUUCAGGCGCAUUCCCGUAUGGUCUUCAGCCUUACACCGCUAUUGAUUAUUUAGCUGGAUUCCCUUAUGGUGUUGGACCUCAGUCUCCCAUUGCUGGUUCAACUGGAUUCCACACAGGUGUGGGUGGACUGCCUCCUUAUCUUGGACCGUACGCUGCUGGUGCUGGUUUUGGCAGAUUCAACGCCGCUUUCGGACAAAAUACCCCCAAUGCUGCCUUUAGGUCUCGCACCUCAGCUAACAUGGCUUCAGGGAAUAUGAACAAGCAGGAAGUACAGAACCAAUAA